AUGGCAACAAAUUUAGAAGGUAAGCGACAAAUUUUGUUAAUAUAGUGUUAUGAGUUUAGAUCUAGUGCUAGCCUUAUUCGACAGUGUAUUAAAGACGACCAACGAUGAGACAAAAGAAGCCUUGGCCGAAUCUUUAUUCAACUUUGGCCUUAAAAGGCCGGCUUUGUUCUUAACGGCAGCACACGCCUAUCUUGUUCAGCAUAACAAAGUAAGCCAUAAUAUUAUUCUAUCUUGUUUUUUUGGCAUUGUGACCGUCUUGUAUAUUUGCUUUUGAAUUAGGGAAAAAUCAAGAAAAAGUAAUACAAAACAAUAAUGAAUAAUAUUUUAGUUAUCAGACAAUCAUCGAGAAUUCGUACUAAAAAGCAUAUCUAAAGUAAUCCAACGACAAAGCGCAGCAGAACAACUAGAUGAACAACAAGUGCUGUUGGUGAUAAACCUGGCUACACAAGAGAUGACGAUGUCCAAAGAUUCCGACGAUGAAUGGGCGAAGGCAGCCAGAGAUGUCCUAGUUACCUUGGCUAAAUAUGACAGAUUUGUAGGGCAUGUUAUGGAUGCUGUUCUACUCAAAUUUCCACCUGGACUUCACGUUUCUCCGCAUAAAUAUAUUACACUCACAUUGGCCUAUGUCGCUCAACAUAAUCGUAGGUUUUAAGUAUUUUUUGUCGCUAGUGAAUCAUAGGUUUUAAUAGAAAUUGUACUUGUAAAAGUAUCUUUUCUUUUCAGCCUUUGGAUUUGUACCAUUCCUGACCGACGUGCUUUCACGAACAGUACCAUUGUUGUCGUAUCUCAAACAAGAGCAAUUGAAGAAUGCAUGGGCACGAGCUUUAACAGCAUUUUGUGAAUCUUUAAUCGAAUUCUCAUCCUCCAAUGAAUCCGAGAACCCAGAAGCCGUUGAGAAUGUGGAGUAUAUACCACGCCAAAUAGUAACACAGGAUCUACAACAGAAUUACUCGGAUCAACUGGAAGCAGCAUACGAUAUUGUGAUUCAUUGGGUCAACAGCAAGGAUUCUAAGGUAUAUUAAUGUUGUUGAUCUCUAUUUGAUGUCUAUUUUAGUGUCGAGCGGAUUCAACAGAAUGUGUUGGCAUAUUAUCGUUGUUUGUGACCAGAGAAAGGUUAAGUAAAGAUCUCAAAAAGAUUGUCACUUCUUUUCUGAAUAUCUACAAGAAGGCCACGUCUCCUAAGGAACAAUACCACAUUACUAAAGUAGGUUAUCUUUCUGAAACAUGUUUUUGUAUUAUGUUAUAUAAAUAUUGUUGAUUUUAUUAUAUUUCAGGGCAUUGGGUAUUUUCUGGAGUCAUGUUGUUUGGAUGCUGUAGUUCCUCUAGAAUACUAUUUGGAUGAUGUGUUCAAUUCCUUGUUUCCAAAUGUUUGCGUGGUUACCGAACAAUGUGAGUUUAUGUCUCUGUAGUAUCUCAUCGUACUUACUGUUAGGUAGUUAAUUGUUAAGUUGUUUUUUUAAUCUUUGUUGUCUUGUCUAUAAAUAUUUGAGAGUCACAGACAAAGUUUCAAAUUGGAAAUUGUAGGUUUCACAGCCGACGAAAGCCAAGAUCAUGUUCUGAAUUCAGAUGCGAUCAAAGUUCGGAACGAAGCCUUCAGAUGUUUCCACGUAGCGUCGAGCAGAUUUGCGGACAAACAAGUUUAUUACUUAAUUCACAAGAUCCAAAGCGAGAAAGACAGUAUCAAACUAGGAGCGACAAACUUUAUGCGACAUCUUCUGAAUUCGGCUGGAAGCCAGAUGGAAGACAAAAGAUCUUUAAUAACAAUGGGAAUCAAGCCUCUACUGGUCGACAGUCAGCUGGCUGUCAUGGUGAAGAUGGGUGUAUGUCAAUUGUGUGUAGCCUUGGCCGACCAUGGCUAUGUAGAUGCCGACAAUGGAGGUGUACAUGUUGUUCAAUUCUUGGUCAAGAAUCUGAUUAUCAAUGAAGAAACGGGAGCCACGGCGAUUCCGUCUUCUCAGAAUAUCAAAACGAUCAGGUUGAGUCCGGAACAAAACGCUCUACUUCAACUACAACAACAAUGUGCUCAAGCUCUACAAACUAUUGCCAAAACUUGCGAGUCAUCUGAGACAUUACUAUGGCCAUAUCUGUUUGAAUUCGUUUGUAAUGAGACCUACAGCCCGGCAUUGGGCGACAUCUUCAAGUGUAUUCGUAUCUUGGUCAACAAGAAGAAGCAGAAGGAACAGUCCCUCGACUUCGCGAAGGAUAUCGAGACUAAUGGUAAGAGAAAGACUUUUAAUGUUAAUUUAAAGUUGUAGGUUUAAAUAUUUCUUGGUUUAAAUUUAGUAAGAAAGGUAAAAAUGAUUUUUUAAAAUAUUUAAAGUCCUUAUUGUUUUAGCAAAACUUGCCGGACCAGUACAGACGUUCGCGCGCUUAUUGGUAUGUUUGAAUCGAGCAAUCGUCAACGGUCAAAUUCAAAAACGAUCGAAGGAAGCGACAAGAUUAUUGAUCGAUUUGGCCGAAUGGAUCCACCCUCAUUUGGCUACUGAACUUCCAGAGAAAGCUACCGAUAUUCUGAAGGCUUUUGAAGGUACAUUUUCCGAAAUUUAAUUUCAAAGAAAAAUUUAUAAAGUUAGGGCGCAGCUAAAAUAAGCGGGCCAGGUUGCUGAAAAAUUUUAUUCGAUUGAAGGUUUGGAUUAUGUAGUCCUAUAUAAUGCUUAAAUGAACAUUUAUAUGGUUUUUAAGAAAGAUAUAAGCAAUGUUUUUAGUUCUCCAUAAUAACACAAAUAUUGCCUUUAUUUUAGAAAUGAGUACCUCUUUUGACACCUCAUCUCCAACCAAGACCUUUGCCCAUUCCAUUGAACUCCAUGAUCUUGCAAACGUCACGCAGUCACGACAAAAGCGAUUCCAGCAGUUAUCGUUGGAUCUUCUGUCAGCUUCCAUUCAGAAGGUACGCGAUGGAGAUUGGCGACAAACCUUGGCUGCAGCUCUAGGGCAACAACUUCGACUCUAUGUUAACUAUCCACAAGACAGAGCUUUUGCUAUGCAGUUAUUGGGAUCAGUACUGUCACGAGUAGCCAACACGGCCUUCGUCAUUGAACACAUCAACUUGAUGGUCAGAUCAGCCAACUUGGCCAACUCAGUAGAACGACAAGGCUGUGCCAUGGGCCUGGGUUUGUGUGCUCAAGUACAUACUGAUCUGGUGCUAACUGAAUUGGAAAACAUCGCCAAAUGGGAGCAUUCCAGAAAAGGAGCUGGGAUCUUCUCGUUUUUAAAGGAUGCUAUGCCCUACGGUAAAGGCAGUGAUGUAGAUAUUGUGAAUUUGAGAGCGACUGUCAUCUUGAGUUAUGGGUAUGUUACACUCAAUUGCCCGGAUGACCUGUUGGUGCAGAGGUUGGAAUCAACAACUUUGCCGUUUUUACGACAAUAUUUGGCUGGUUUCAAGGUAAUUAAAAGUGUUGCUUUGACUAUAGUUUACUGAUUUUGCGGUUUUGCUAUAAUAUUGAUAUUGUUUUAUUAUUUUAGCCAGAAAUUCCAAUCAAAGAAGCCCAUCUGGAGACAAUCCAUUUGAUUGGACUAGCCGUUCACCCGUCCAAUUUGAACGCAGAAUAUCAAUUUGAAAGUCGAUAUGAAUGCUUUACCUACAUGAAAGUUAGUUUUUGAUUAUAUUUUACUUGUAUUAAGGUCAAUUCAUAAUUAUAUUGCAGAUGUCUUGGCUUAAAAUUAAGUUUUGUUUUAAAAAGUUUAAAAUAAUGUUAUUUCAGACUUACGUGAAGUCUGAAUCCAAGGAUUCAUUGUCAAAUUGCGUCCUUCUCCACGCUGCCAAAGCGACAGCUACUUUAUGGUAAUUUUAAAGAUUUUUGCUUUGAUGAUCUUUGUAAUGCAUAAUAUAUGCGAAUAUGCUAAGGAAUUGGCAUCUUACUCAUAUAAAAAUUACUGAAUACGAUGUAAUGUUGGGGUUGUUUUAGUAGUUUGGAACCGGCCAUCAGUGACAAUGAGCUUUGGGACCUUGGUAAUGUGCUGACUCAAGCCAUUUUCCCAAUUUGUCGAGAGAAAAGUGGACUCAAAUGUGUAAGUCAUACCAAAUAAAGGGUAUCAACAUUAGUGUUGUUAUUUGUACUUUCGACAAAGAUCGUUAAAGUAUUGUAUGUUUAUGUGAAAUACGAUUAAAAUAGCGAUGAUAAAAUAAUAAGUACUAAUAAAAUAUAAAUUCAUGAAUUCAGACGAACGACGAAGAUACGGCGACGAUGAUGGAUUCAACUGUCCAACAGUACCAGACUGCCAUCGCUUGCAUUGUCGCCAAACGACCGGUCGUUCACACUGUUUCACAGCUUCUCAAGGUAUUUAAUAAUUCAUUUAUAACAUAGUCAGUAGCAAAAACAACAUAAAUAUAGCAAGAACUACAAUAAAACACUAAAAUGAGGUUUUAGAUCUUCCACCCCUACUUCUCAUCCCUAGCUGAUCACGAACGUUCACGGUCGAUUGAAACGACAGUACUUAUUCUUCAAAUAUACUCAUCAGAUCCCAAAGAUUGCACUCUUGGCCAUGCCAACAAUUUUGGACCCCUGUGUAGUAUAUUGGGGAGACUGGCUCCAAGACUAGCGGAUUCUGUAGCUUCUGUGAGAUUGGCUGCCGUGAGAACGGUGUAUCUUGGCUUCAGACUGUCACUUCUUCAUUCUGGACAUUCACCAUUGGAAACCGAUGUUCUUGAUGAUGCUUUAUUUGAUCUUGACGCCUUUAUCAACAAACAUCUGCACGACGAUGGUAAACAAGACACAAACAAAGUGAGAGAGACUAUCAGUGCUAUCGGGGAUGAAAUUGAAGCGCGACUACCCCAGAAUCAAUUACAAACGUAUCUUUCUGUCUUGUUUAAGAUGCUGUCAGAUCGACAGAGCAAUGUAAGCACAGCAGCAGCUCAAUUGCUUGGUAUCAUGGUUAGUAACCGAGGCCAACUUCUUUCUACAGAAGGCGAAGUUCUAGUCAAGACUAUCACCGAACAGCUAGAACUGGUACAGUCUUCAGUCCACACGUAUUCAGACCUUCUGGAGGCAUUCCGAAUCUUCUCCCAUCAUCAACCUCAUGUUACAGUAGAAGUCUUGCUGAAGCAACCACUACCGUACUCUCCAUCUUGUGUAGACAUGUGGAAGAUGCUGGCUCACGAUCAAGCGCAUCUGAUGACGAUCCUGGAUUACAUUCUGGAGUUCAGUGGUUUUCCGUAUUAUGAGGAUUCCGAGGUUGUUAAUGGUACACCACCUGAACUGGUCCAAGUUGUUGACACAGGGGCUGGAGCGUCGGUGAAAGUGGUUACAUCAAGGUGUUGUGCUCUGUUGGCAGCUUUGAAUGAAAUUGUUCAGGUAGGUAUAGUUUUAUAGUGACUAAAAGGAUUCGCUAUUUUAAAAGCAUUGAAAACACUUGACUUGUUUUAGCACGGCGAAUUUGACGAGCAGAUGUUAAACAAGAUACCGUUCUGUCUAGCCGUCCUUUUCAACUCCCUAGCAGCAAUCAUUGUCGAUGUAGUCUACCCAGCUUCAUCGAUGAAAGAUCCCUCCCUGAAGCCAACUACAGUAAUUACUCCAGAACUGCGUAGAGUAACCACAAUCCCUGCCAAUCUUGUAGUACAUGGCCUAAAGUCGAUGUUAAUUAAGUUGAACGCCAUAAAAUCGAUGGAUAUUAUGAAUGCGGAGAGAGGAUGGUCCAACUUGGCUAACACAUUACAGUACCCAUCAGCUGUAGCCAUUCUGUGUAGGGCCUUGGCUUCGGAAAAGCCGGCUUCAAUGGCACGGUUGAUUGGAAUCAUGGCCAUAAGAGUUGAUAAGGACAGAAAAGAAUGCGAAAAAGAAGCAGCCGCCUUAGUGCUGAGUUCAUUGGUCUCCAGAAGCCCUGACCAAUACGGAGUUUUCGAUUUUGAAGUUCUGAGACAGAUCACUACAGCGUUGGCUACAGCCUUCGACGAUAGCUCGUUGGUGGUCAGAAGGGUAAGUUUUUAAUGACAAUGCGUUUAUAAAGGUAAAAUUAAAUAAAUGUGAUUGUUAAGUUAGUAAAUUAUAUCGUAAUAAACCUACUUUCAGUUUGCAUUGCGUGGAUUCACGUACGUCGGCCUUCUGCACGAUAUGGCUCAGAAGUCUCCAGAAACCCAAACUCAGUUCAAAACAUUGGCCAAGGAUUCGUUCGGCUUCGCUUUGGCAGGAUUAGACGCUGCGGACGAUAGGAACGAUUUGAUUGGAACAGAAGCAAUGAAUACCUUGUUAUCGAUCUGUGACGUCGUCGACAAAGAGCUACUGGAUAAUGCCUUGUCGUCGCUCUUGUUGAAGCUCAGACCUUGUUUUGAAAAAGUAGGUUUAAUGAGGUCGAUACUUGUUUUCUAGGAUAAUUGUACUUUUUUAUAAAAACUGGUUGAAGCGACAAUUUUUUGUUUUGUUGCGAAAAGUUGCGGGCGCAGGUUGGAAAAAUAAUGUUGCAGGCUGCGCAUGUGAUUUAAAAAAAUUUUUUUUUUAAAUUUGAGAUUUUGAUGAUUUAAAUAUUUUUUAGUCCAUUUCGUAAAUAAACUUUAAUAUAUAAUAAUAGUUUUUGAAAAGACUUGAGUAAGGACGAUCUUAUUUUAGGAAUGUGUGGACUUACGGUCAGUUUCUUUCAAGCUUUUUGCCAAACUUGGCCAACGAAUGGGAAGCUCCGAUUUGUUCCGUGAGAGUUUGCACUCUAAUUUGGUGUCAAUAGUGCUGCAUUUAAACGAUGAAUCGUUAAUUGUGUCACAAGUGAGUUUCAGAUGACAUUUUUUAAAUUUGGUUUAAACAAUCUUUUUGAUUUUUUCAUAUAAACUAGCGACAAUGUUUAACAUUCCAUUUACAUACUUUAUUAUUUGAGUCAUAUGAUACUACAUGUGCUCGAGAAUCAAAGUUAAUGAUUUUUGUUUUAGUGCUGUGCUUAUGCUUUAACCUCGCUGGCCGAUAUCUUCACAGCUCCACAAACUGUGACAUUAAUCCAGUCAUCAAUUCAUGAUUCUGAACCUCCAGCCAAUUAUAUCUCAUUCCUUGAAGACUUUAGUACUAUAUUGGCAGUGUGUUUCCCAGACAGGGUUAACUAUUAUGCCAUGUGUUGUACUAACUACUUCAAAAGUCAUUUCCCAAAGAUACAGUGCAAUGCGGCCAGAAUGGUGGGAUUCUUGUUGGUAUCGCUGUCAGACGAACUGAAGGAGACCAUUUCUAAAGAUAUUGUCUUCGGAGGUAAGUUACUUUACCGAUUCAGAAAUGACGUUACAGCUUUUUGGCGUGGGCUCGGUUGCUUAAAAUUUCAGAGGGGGGGGAGGGGAGAGGGGAUGGUUUACAAAAUGAUUUUUAUAUUUUUUGAAGGACUGAUUAUAUAAGAGUCGUAUUAUAUACAUUAACUAGUUAAUAAUGUAAAUUUUAGCUUACUCUGAACUUCUAAAAGAACCCAACUUGAAGGUCCGUGAAGCCGCUGCCGAAGGAAUUCUUUCGCUAGCCACUUUCAGCUAG